AUGGCGAACCAACUGCGAGCCUUCACCAGAGGAAAGCCGGAAGUCUCCUGGCAACAAGCGUGGACGUCUCCUUGGCAACAGAGGGGUGUAUUCACAUCGCAGCCGUGGGGCCAAUUCGUAGAGGAGCCUCCCCCUGCCCGCCGCCCCGAACAAAUCUUCGUCUACUACCAGAUAGAACCGCCGACCCUUCACAGACAUGUCUUUCCACGCUACCGCCUGAACACCAGUCAGUGGCUGGGUGUGUUCAACUGGACCAUGUCGUACCGGAUGGACUCGGAUAUCCAAUCCUACUACGCUCUGCUCCGAAGACGGCCAGUUCCGCACCACAAGAACUACACGGAGAUUGUGGCGUCGAAAUCCAAGAUGGCCGUGUGGAUGGUCUCGCACAAGGGCGCUCAGAGCAAGAGGGACGAAUACGUGAGAGAGCUGCAGAAGUACAUCCCUGUGGAUAUUUUCGGUGGCUCUUCUCCCCUCAAAUGUCCCCGGAAACUGGACGCAAAAUGCAACCAGAUAUUAAGCAGGGAUUACACGUUUUAUUUAGGGUUUGAAAACUCUUUUUGUGAUAAUUAUAUUACAGAAAAAUUCUACAAAUACCUUAACCUCGACACAGUGCUAGUAGCUAGAGGAAUUGGAGAAUAUUCAAACAUUGCACCGUCUGAAAUUUUUAUCAACACUGCCGACUACAAGUCCCCAAAAGAGCUGGCUAAGAGAUUAAUACACCUCGACUCUCAUGACCAGGAAUAUAUACAAAUUUUGGCAGAAAAGGACAAGUAUUUCACAAUCUACGAGGACUAUCUGCUAACUGGAAUAAAGCCACCAUACCUGGAAAACAGGUAUGAGGCUGUGUCAAUAUGCCAAAUGUGUCAACGGCUUUGGAACUUAGACAGAUUUGCAAAGUCUGUUCCAGACAUCAGUGCUUGGUAUAAGCAAUCGAAAUGUUAUAAACCUCGAGAUAUUUAA